AUGGGAGGCGAUUAUUAUGGGUUCUCAUUACCUGGACCUAGUACUACUACCUUAUAUUUUUUGCCGCUUGGAGCAACAAAUGAAACAAUAUCUCAAAGUUAUGGUAUUCACAAUGUUUCAAUAACAGUGAGGCAAAACAAUAAAUCCGAAAUGAUCAAGCAAAUCAUGAAGGCAGGUUCAUUAUGGCAUUACACAACGUCUGUAGAAGAGACGAUAUCGAUAUGGAUUCGUGAUCAGUUGAAUGAUAAUAAUUCUGUAAAACGAAUACGAUCAAAAGUACGAAAGACAUCGAAUGUUGAAAAAGCUCGAUUGCUUAUUAUUGCUUCAGUUUGGUAUAUUUCAGUUUCCGAAAUCAAGAAAACAGAAAUUGGAUGUUUCAUGCCAACACCAAUGAUUGUUGAUCGAUGCGCCAAACUGACUAAUACCGUCUACUAUCCGACAAAUAAAGCUUUGGCAAGCAAUAUUCUAUUCACAGCACCAUCACAUCUGUGUCCACCAGAUACAAUUGAUAUCAUGAAUGCUAUAAAACAAUCUAACUCAUUAUCAAUAAAAUGGGAUGAAGCAGCGGAGAAAACUAAUCUGCAAGAUAGAGUAUUGAAGAAAACGUUUGCCAUCACUUCAGGGACAACGAUCAUGAAUAUAGUACAUUACGGAGGAAACGAAGGAAUGUCUAUUCACGAGAUUCCCGCAUACUCUCAAUGGGUCAAUGGUGAUUCAUCAGUAGUGGUACCAAAAGGUGCAAAUGCUACUCUAUAUGUUUUAGCGGACGAUUUCGGAAGAGAAGCGACAAUGGAAGGUUUUGAAUAUCCUCAGUUUGAUCCAGUGGAAGAUGUGUCACCCGAUUUUAGUCUCUUCCUGUAUACUCGUAAACUUGGUGCUGGAGUCUAUCGUGUUGGUAUCGAUCAAGAACUGGGUGGCCGAUAUAUUGCUAUCGUUAUUGCUGAAUUUAAUCAGACCACUAUUGGUUAUGUUGCUGCUAUCAACCGUAUAUUUUCUUUUACAUAUCCAUUCUUUUUCAUUGAAUUUGCUUAUCUGAUGAUAAGAGAAUGUGAUUAA